AUGAGCAACUCGGAUGAUGAAUUCAAAACAGGUUCUGCUCCAGCUGAUGUGGCUAUGGAAAAACAGCAAAAAGACUACAAGCUACUGGAUCAUCACUACAAAAUCAACAACAAAAAUAAGAAAAAACAUAGGGUGACCCCGUCGAUAAAAAAAGAAAAAAUGAAUACUAUUCGUCUGUUGGGAGAGCCACUUGUAGCGCACGGGCCUUAUACUUUUUACGGUGCAUUGGCAUAUCGAAAACGCGGCGAUGUGACAAGAAGGAAAUGUUGUUGUAACGAUUUGUGUUCUUGUGACGAUAACUCGUCGUCGUCAUCGUGCUCUUCGUCACCGACAGCCCGUUCCGGGUGGUCCGUCAUACGUAUGAACCAUUUCUAUGCUGUCCGCCCGUGGUAUAGCAAAAAGAACAGCAGUACCGACGAACGGCAACAAUUACAACAGCGCCAACGUAAUCAAAAGCAUUCUUCAAAAUUGGCCUCAUCAAAAACAGCAGAACAACAUCACUAUCAACAAUCUGUGUGCAUAGGUGAACUAGAGCUAUUGUGGCGUGACGACAGUGUGGUAACGGCCAACAAAAUUACGACAUCUUCAUCAGGUAAAAAAUGUGCAGGUAUAACAACGUCGAACGGUAGCAGUAUCAAUGCGAUGAAAAACAGAAAUAAUAAUAGACACGUCGGUGUGACGGCCAGUUCAGACGAUGAUGAUGGCGUUGGAAACAAUAAUUCGGCAGUUCCUCGACGUCGCAUGCUACCCAGGCGUACGCGUCAACCGUCAGCAAAGAAACUCGAAGCCACAGAAUCUUAUACAGUGCCGACGUCUGAUCAAAAUCCCUUACAGCAUUCGUCGAAUCACCGCGGUCAGUUAUCUGCACAUUCUACCUCCGUGGUGAAGCCUGCCCUAUCGACUUCAGUUGACCACUACACGCACGGAAACUUACUUUGCAGCGUUCGAUUGUACGUAAUGCCCGACCAGACGGCUACUGGUCGACUUAGUGGUGUACACGGCGAAGAUGAGGUGUUGGAAAUCAACCCUUGGGGAACUGGUGGAGGAGUGGACAGGUGGCCAGGCAAUAUGUUUGUCAACGGCGGUAACGGAGUAGGGGCUAUUUACAACGGUGGCGGUGUUGACGAUUACGGUUAUGGAAGUGGAAGUCAUUCGUCUGGAACACUCCCAUCUGGUUGUUCGGGAUUAGUUUUGCGAGCCGAAGAUUUUGUGGAAUGGGUUCGUGGUGGACUGAUGAACGAUGAUGACGACAACGACGCACAGUCCGAUGAUGACGAAUCAUUGGAAUCCGAGAGUGACAGUACGAAUAUUAAAGAUCGAAAACCAAACAUUAAAAUAUUGGAGCAAGAAGAACAGAAAAGUGGUGAUACUUAUGAAAACACUAUAAAAGAGAAAUAUUUUACGAAAUCAGUUAUCGACGAAGCAGUAGAAGCGGAAGAUGUUCCUUUGGCUGCUGCCAAAAUUCAUAAAAAUUACGCCAGACACACGAAACACUGUUAUCGGCAUAUUGAUCGUCAACACCGGCCCGAUUGCAUUUUGAAAACCAUUGGACGCGAAAAUGACAUAAAGCCAACUAUAAACAAAGGUAUUUAUUCCUUAGGUGCUCCUUUUCCUCUUUAUUACAUUUUGUAUCAUGUAAAUAUUUAUUGCUAUUUAGUUCCACUUAUACCUAUAUAAUAUGUAUAUAUACCUAUAUAUAAUAAUAUGCAUUAUUUUUUAUGUACAGUAGAUGAAAAGAGUGGUGCCAAUGAUGGAAAAUGCUAUUGCUAUUGUUGUAAACGUCGUCGUCGCAACUAUCAAUGCAACAAUAAGGAAACUAAACUCAAUAGCGGUAAACAACGAUUGGUGGUCAUGAGCUACUCACGGUACUGUCGAUAUAGGGCUCAAUUACAACGUAAAUGCGAAGAGCAACUCACUGAAAAAGAUAAGGUCAGCAUGAACAAGGAUACUAAAAGGAUUGCAUCAUCUACAUCUCGAGGAGUUGACACUUUGAGUACAACUCGUGUACUUUUUUGCCGAGAUACCUAUGAUUAUCCGGCUGAACUUCUUUUGGAGCCUUUUAAUGCACAACAAAAUCAUAAGCCAAACACUAAUGUGUUAGUCAACCAUAUGGGUAUGUGUAUACAUUAUUAUAUUAUUUUAUGUCAGGGGUGGCCAACUUGCAACUCAUGUCUUAUUUACAAAAACAAAAUUUAUUUAUUAUUAUUAUGAAUUUUAAUUUGUUUGGUAUACAUUUAUAAAAGUAAAAAUAAUGUUUUUAUCGUAUAUAAAUUGUGGAAUACAGAUAAAUAAAUAACAAAAAUAUAAUAAAUAAAUAUGAUAUAUAAAUAAAGAAUAAAAUAUAAACAUUAAGCUAAAUUCGGUUGUGUGGUAUUUUUUUUUUUUUGUAAGUUUCUUAAGAUCUGGUUGCAUUGAUAUAAGAGUAGUUAUGAGUUAUUCUGAGAGAUGAUCAUCAGUAAAGCUUGGAUAUUAAUGACCAAAAUUUCUUUAAAAUAUGCAAUUAUAUUUUUUUUAAAUUAUUUUAUUUUAUUUAUUUUCAACAGAAUAAUGUAUCAAAUAUACCUAUUUUUUAACAAAUAUAUGCAAAGAAGGUGUUUAAAUUAAUUUAAAAUAAUUUAUAUACUCUUUAAUCGUACAUGUAUUAAAUAUAUACAUUUUUUAAAAAAUUACAUAUGCAAUGCUUGAAAAUGUCAAAUAUGCAAGUAUACGCGAAAUAUAUUUGAAAUCUAAACUUAAUGAAUCAAAUUUGUAUCAUAUUCGAGUAUAAUUCGCUAAAAAAAUUUGCAAAGUCAUAAACAUCGGAACUCUAAUCAUCAGUUAAAUUUGAACAAUAUUUUGAUUGUUGAAUAAAGGGAUUCAUAAAAAUAUUUCAAUUCAAAAAUACACAUUCAUUUUGAGCACUAUUUUUAAAAUUUGGGCAUUUUAAAAUAGAAACAUGCUUCCAAAAUGUCAAUAAAGGGGGACAAUUGUUUUUAAACUGCUUAACAAUUUCAUUUGCUAUUUUGAAAUCUACGUUAUUUUUACACUAGGAUGAGGUUGCAUAACUAUACAAAUUUUGUCCAAACCAUAUUUCUGGCAUUCCUAUUAACGCCAUUACUAGGAUAGGAUAUUAGAGACUGGUGUUCUAUGACAUUAUCAAAAAUGGAUUUUCAAAAAUCUGAAUGGAAGCUUUAAAACCUUUAAGUCUCAAAAUCAGUUUAUAGAAAUUCAUGUUUGAGUACAUAAUCGUUAUAAUUAAUUGGUAUAUUUGAUAAUAUUAAACACUACUUAAACACUUAAACAUGAUAUGAUGAAAAUUAUCUUCUAUAAAAAGUUUUAGUUCAUUUCAAAACAUUUUUUGAAAAUUUUUUACUAAAUAUUAAUAUAUUUUUAUUCAUGUUGGCCACUCCUAUUAUAAAAUCCAUACUAAAUGAUAAUUAUUUUUAAAUCAAUAUGUAUCAUUUAUAUAUUAUUUAAAUAUUUGAAUAUGUUUCUAAUUUGUUUUGUGAUAGCAUCGAGACACCGUGAAAUAAUAAAAGAACAUCAUUUUUGAUAUUUGUUGUGGAAUAAAAAAUGUUAUCAAAUAUAGAGGAAUUGGCAUAUAAAAAUUAUAGAAAAAAAAUAAUCAAAAGUAACUCAAAACACCUUUUUAACAUAGCCAGUGAUAUCAGAAAUUUUUAAUUGAAUAAUAAGCAAUGCGCUCAACGCUUAUGCUCCUAUAAAAAGUCUCAUAUAAAAGAAGAUAGUGGCCACCAGUUCUUAUCAGACUUUCAAAGACCACUAUUUAAGAUCUACAUUGAAGUUAUCUUACAACUCAAUAAAUUACUAUCCACAAUUGUCCUUUAAAUUAAUUUAUUAUAAAUUCAAAUAAAAUGAAUAUCUAAAUUACCCGGUUUUUAUAUUGAGGCAGGUUUUUAUUUCCUUCAGCAGGCAUUGGUUUAGCCUGAAAAGUUCUGUCUGUACUACAUUAUUCAGAAUUGGAAACCACAGCCUACGAGAUAUUUUUGAUCAAGAUUUGUUUUAAUAAUCUACACAAACAUAACUUUGUAAUAUUAUAUAAGAAUAAGCUUGUAGCCUAUAAGUGCAUUUUCAAUUUUUAAUUGUGAGGGCUGGAUAAUUGUUUGUAUUGCAGAAAAUGAAUGUUCAUUUGUAGCUGAACUGAACUGAAACAAGAACUGUGAAAGCCACUUGUAACAGAGUAUAUAAAUUCCGACAAACAGAUUUAUCUGAUAAUAAUUUCUUCUUCGAAUCUUCUAAAUCAACAUCUUUAUUCUUAUUAAUAUGAAGAACACAGUUUUUGCAACCAUUAUUUCUGAUUUAAGUAUCACAAUAUAAAUGUUACAUAGUUUCUACAAAAAGACAAAUAAUAUUUUUGUUUGUAUACUACCUAAAUUAUAUAUUUUUUUGAAAAUUCUUAUUAUUUUGUUCUGGUAUAUUAUGAAAAAUGAACUUUUAACAAAGCUCAGCUUUUUGAAACUAUCUAGCUUUUACCAUUUGUAAGCUUUCAGAUAAAAACUGUUUUUUCAUGUUUAUUAGUGUGCUAUCCAAGAUAUUAAUAUAUUUAACCUUCCAGAUAUUUGUAUUGUUUUAUUAUCAGAAGUGACAAUUUGUUCAGUUUUUGUAGGUGAGGUUGUAGUUACAAAAUAAGAUUUUAAAUUAUUAGGUUCUCUCCUUAAUUGGUUAUCAGUAUUGUACAUUAUUUAAAUAAAAUUUUAUUUAAAUGUAUUGUUAUUCAGGUGAAUUUUUAUUAAUCAUUCAAAACUGAUUAUUGAAAUAAAAUGUAUUCGAAUAAUUUUCAAACAUAAUUUUGAGCUUUAUACAAAACUACUGCUGGGGUACAAUACUUUUCUUGUUUUUUGCAUUUAAUUGAAACAAUAUAAAAUGUACAAUAGUGUAAUUUAAUAAUACAAGACCAACCAAUAUUUUAAUAUUUAGAUAUUUUAAAUUACCAACCAAUGUUUAACCAAAUAAAAUAAACAAUAAUUAUUCGAGUAAUAAUGUUUAAAAAUUAAUCAAAUAAUUAUCUAGAUCAUGAUAGAUUUGCAUUUAAAUUAAACAUUUCCAUCCAAACAGCACUAAAUUCAGUUGGAUUCUUGGGUAACACUAAUAGACAAACAUGUGAUUAAUAGCCAACCAGACAACAUUGGUACAAUAAGGUGGCCAAUAAAUACAACUAUUAUACUAUCUUAUGAUUUAUAAUAUUUAACACUAUGCAGCAUAUUGUACAAUGGAAUAAUUGUACUAUUAUACAAUAUUGUACAAGAUUAUUAUUUAUUUAAACACCAAGGCUCAAUUACAAUAUGGUUUAAGUAAUUUAAUUAUUUUUCAAUUGUAUAAAAUAAAAAAACUUACAAAAAAUACAUUUAAGGUUAGAAAUUGCACACUGUCUAGAAGCCAAUAGUUUAAUUAAGUGCUGACUUGUCGGAACUGGCUGGCUUCACUUUCGGAACAUAUACAGUUUAAACUAGGUCCUCUCCAUAUUACCACCCUAUAACUCUCCAGCUUAUAUGUCAUCUAUCAUCACAGAUAAAUUUAGGAACACAGAAAGUAUGUUUUGAAUAAUAUAAAUGUAUAAUAUAGAAGCGAUACUUGGUCAGUUGAUCGAUAUUUGUUUACCUGUGAUCUGAAGUAUGAUGCUUGAUGUUAACCAACCUUUGUAUGAGAAACGUUGAACUCAUUGGUGUAUCUAUUCUUUUGAAUUUAUAUUAUUCAUUAUUAAGUUUAAAUGGUUUCACAAAUUAAUUAUUAUAAUUAAUAAAUAAUUAUACAAAGUCUCUAAAGCCUGAUAAUAUUGAGAUUAGUAGACAUGAUAUUGUUAUGGUCAAAACAAAACAAAAAUAUAUAAGGUAUAUACCGCGUUUAUAAGCAUAGUGAGUUCUUCUCAUACUGUGAAUAAAAAAAAAACUAGAGUUAGUUAGUAAAAUAUAUUUAUACAAUAUUUUAUACAAACUAAAUGCUUGCAGCUCCUAAACUCAAAGGUUGGCCUUCUUAUCCUGCAUCAUGGAUGUCGUUUAGAUGGAAUCGAGUGCGCCGUCGUCUGCGCCACUUGGAACGCUUAAGUGGUAGCCAUGAAGACCGAUUGAAACGUCUUCGGCGCAAAAAGCUCAAAAAGAAAUGCCAUGGGCGACAAAAUGGAGCUGGUGGAGCAACAGCUGUUACAAAUAUGAACUAUUCAUCAUCAACUGACGAUGAGGAUUCAGACGAUUCUGAUUCUGACGAAGUGUCAUCAGCCACUAAUGAGGCAGCCACAAAUACUACCACUACAGCAUCAACAUCGGAUUCAGAUGGUGCUCCACCAACAAAACGCCGUAAUAUCUAUACUACAGCAGACCGACCACAAGUCGACAGACCACAUGUUGGUAUAUAUCCAGUCUCGCAGAAACAUGUGAAACCUAAACAACCUCAGCAACAGCCACAACAGCAGACCAAUCAUCGACCUAGGCAACUGGCGAUGAUAAAUCAAAUUAUUAGCCAGACCCAGCGUCAACAACACAUGCUUGUAUUUGAAACUGAAGAACAUAGACAGGAAAGAGAACAGGAGGAAAGACAACGCCGCUGGCUGGUUGAUGCUUUGCGAAUGGGCGGGUUGGAAGUAACAUUAGUGCCCUUAAAUAGUUCCGGUAGUGCCAACAACAAAAAGAAAGAUUAAACCUCUACAUUUACCCUACCUCUUUAAACAAAAUAAAUUAUUCCAUAAAAAUUUUUAUAUGUAGCUUAGGUAAUAUAUAAAUGAAGACAAUUUGUUUGUGUGUGUAAUGAAACAAAAUUGAUUUUUGUUUGCUAUGUUUUCAAUUACAUAGUUAGACAUUAGAAUUCAGUGUGUUAAUGCAUUCAAUUUAAAUAUUUGUGUGUAUACAUUUCUGAUUAUUUUUGUUCCCUAGUAGGAAAUGUGUGUUUGUGUGUUUGUGUGUGUGUGUAUGCAUGCGUGUUUUACCAAAAUAUUUAAUAAUUUAUUUUCAAUGCAUAAAUAUUAUAUAAUAAGCUGUAUAAUAUUAUGUAAUUGUUUUAAUAAUAAUAAAUCAAAUUUUAAAAAUUAAUGUUUAUUAUUAUAUUUGUACAGUUGAAUAUAAUAUAACAAAUAUGAUGAACACUAAAAGUGUUCUAUUAUGAAAUUUUAAAAGUGUAAAUAAUAGAAAUAAUAAUAGUUUUCUUGUCCGUAACAACCAAAUUAUCAUACCUAUCAAUAUCAACAAUGUAACCCUUGAAUAAACAAAUAUAAAUAAAUAAGCAAUUAGAUUUUCACACCAAAUAUUCCUAAAACCCCCUAUUUUACCCACUUAAGGGUUGAAUUUUCAAAAAUCCUUAAAAUUAGUUUAAAGAGACUUAUGACGACACAAAAGUAAUGGGUCUUGUCAGACCCGUAGUGACUGAAAUAAUUUACGAUUUACGUACCUAUUUACUGAAGAAUUGUAGAAUACCUACCUAAAUAAAAAUCUACAAUACUAAGUUAUCCUUUAUUACUAUAUGUAUGUACAUUAUUAUAUUGUAAGUGACGUAUAUCUUAUAUAAUACAUCCAGUCGUUAACAUAAUAUUAUAGCGUCGAUGAAAUGUAAAAUUAAAAAGUACAUAUUUAAUUAAUGUAAAAAUUGUAUUUUAUUUAUUUAUUUAAUUUAAUUUAAUUUAAUUAAUUAAAUUCAAAUACAAUUUAUCCCACUAAAUAACGGACACAUCUGAAUAGCGGACAAAAUUUCAGCGACCGAGUGUCCGGUAUUUAGAGGUUUCACUGUAGUGGUAUAAAUGAAUAAUAAUUAAUACCAAUAGGUAUAUAUGCAGAGUGAUCAAUUUAUCAUAAGACACUCAUUAUCUCGGAAAAUAUAAAAAAUGUUCGACAUUUGUUUUGUAGACAAUUUUAGAAAUAAGCAGCUCUGCAAUUAUACAUGUAUGUUAUUUUUGUCAUCCUAAUUUUUGAGUGUGAAAGUACUGUCUACUUUUUAUUUUAAAAUGGCAAUCUAUAUUAAAAAAUCCAUAAAUAGAUAGAGUAGUAGUUAAAUUAAAUGUUGGUGUUUAAAUUUGUAUUUUCCAUCAAUCCGUUGACGAAAUAUUCCAUUUUUUAUUUCAGAACCCCUUAAAAUAAUAAUACGAAUACAAUGUCUUUAUACAGGUAACGCAGGUAUUGUAUUGUCCAGUACAAAUAAGAGUAGGAGGUUUAACUACAUCCCCAAUUUUAUGUUUAGGUAUCUAAUCAUAAUUUGUACAAUAAUCUCGAAAUUGUAUACUAUAAGCGAUAAAAAAAGGACAUUUGUUUCUACGUUAUCCCCUGGUAUUGUUACAGCCGAAACAAACGAAGCACAAAACAUAUUUAAUAAUAUUAACUAUGAUGUAAAUAAUUCGGUCGAAUCAAUAAUUGGCUAGUUGUUGUAGGUAUUUUAAUAUUUGAGAUACGAUCAUGCAAGUAGCCAUGGGAGGGGUCCAUAGGGUUUAGACACCCUCCUGAAAUUUAAGCUUCUCAAAAAAAAAAUCAAAUGGUACGAUUUUCUACCGAUUACUUUUUAAUUUAUUAUUCCGAGACAAUUAUUGGUAGUUGGCAAACAAUUUUAUGUUAGCCCCUCCCCCCACCUAAUAAAAAUCCUUGCUACGUGCUUGGAGACGAUAUACAUAUUAUACAUAUUACAAUAUUUAUUAUGUAUAGUAUUAUAAUUUUAAAAUCGGAUUUUAUAAAACAAAAAAAGAAAUUGAAAAAUCGAAAACACCAUUUUUAUACAGAACGGUAAAAGCUAAAAAGUUUGUACGUAAUCGGUAAUUGCGAGCAAGCAUCUUUAUGUAACCAGAUGUUGGCAACCUUGCUGAGUGUCAAGCUCGAUUGAAUAACUCGCGAUUGGAACAAAAUAUUGUUGCGCAGUAACGUUGACCUUUCCCGAAAAAAAUCGAUCGAAUGUUAUAUUGUAAGGUAGUUAGUCCGUUGCCUUGACAACGAUAUAAGUUAGAACUUAGGGGAGCACAGAUCAAUACUCGAGUGAUGCCGAUGUAGUAGUGCACCGUAGCCAACACGACGAGAAUAGUAAUUUUAUAAUAUGAGUAAACACUCACCCUCUCACCACGCCAAAAGUCAAACCUACUUAAUUUUAUUUCGAGACACGAAAAAUACUGGUGUAAUAUACAGAGUGAUCUAUUUAUCACGAACCAUCGAUUUUUGCCGAGAUUUUAAACAAAUUACUAUUACCAUUACUGUUUUUUAAAUCAUUAUAAAAUCGUUUAAGCUUUAUUUUUCCUAACAUUUUUUUAAUCUUUAACCGACUCCUUAUACAUUAAAUUAGUACUUAUCCUAACACUUUUAAUUUUAAAAUUCGUAAGCAAUAAUUCAUUAUUGAAUACAGAUACAAACUAAAUAUCAAUAUGCAUCCUACCUUCUAACUUCACCCGUCCCCAGAACUUUUAAAUUGAAUUCAAUAUCCUUCUUACACAAAUUUUUAAAAUCGUAAAUCAAGAUUUAAAAGAUUUUUAAAAGUAAUUUAUUUAAAAUCAUGAUCAGCUCCGCCACUAUAAAUAAGUAUAAGUGUAGGUUUAAGUACUAUGUAGCCAUCUAUGUAUCGUAAAUGGGAUGUAUAGGGUAAAUAUAAGAUGUGUUUUGGUAAUAAUAUUUUUGGGAGUUUUAUAAGUAUUUUUGAUUCGUUGCGUAUAGUGAGGAGGGUCUAUCUAUUGGUUUAACUUUGAUCUGUGCUUUUUUUUUUGUAUGUGUUUGUGAACCUCUUUCUACCAGAAAUCAAGUAAUCAAUAUUCUUAAUAGUUGAUAUCAAAAUAAAUGGUAAUUUUCACUUUAAACUGGUUAUACACUACGCGUUUCGAACGUGAUUAAGACGUUGCGAUUUUAAAAACAAACGUGCCAUGUAAUAGAAAAUAGAAAAUAAGUAGAUAUCUAAUUAUAGAUAUUGACUUGAGUAAUAAAAAAUUAACUGAAAGACAAGUAAAUCUAGCAAAUCAACGUUCCAAUUCAAGUGUUGACGACUACUAUAACGACUAUAACUAUAAUAUUUAUAUAUUGCCUAAGUUUUUUUUUAUGUAACAACUAGCUGUCCCGCCCGGCCUUGCCCGUGCCAAAUUUUAUUAUCUUUUUACCCAUAUUCCUUUUUGGUUUUGACAGUGGAAAGUGGAAAGUGGGUAGUCCACCUUCGGCAAACUAAAAGUAUACUGUUAUAGCAUAUAUUUUUAAAUUUUAAAUUACUGUUUGCCUUAAGCAUUAAAUAUUUCUGGAUACACCACGUUAAGUAUCUCGCCUUUUGGGGCCAGUAAUUUUUUUUUUGCAUGUGACACGUGAUAGACCUACAUACAAUUGACCAUAGGAAAAACAUUGAACAGUUAGGUCUAAACUUUAAACCAGCAACAUUUAAUAUUUGACCUUGUGCCUUAUUUAUGGUCGUAGAAAAACAUAGUUUCACGGAAAAUUUGAGCUAUUUAAACUGGAAUAAUAGAUUGGUUGAUAUCAUUGGUAAGACCAUUUCCCAGCUCCACAGCCAGUAAGAACCAUACAUUUAAGCAGACAGUUUUUUUAUAGAUUUUAUUUUCAAUCUAGUGCGUUAUUAAUUACCAUAAAUAAGUUUUGAUCAACCUUUUACAUUUUUGUCUAUAGAGUAUAUAAAGACAACGUUUAUAAUACUAAUGCAAUGGUAUCGAGGUCAAAUAUCAGUCAUCAUUACAAUUUGUACUAAAUAUAUUAUUGAAAACAAAUAUUACAAAUUAAAAAACAUGUCCGAUUAACCAAUAGUAACCAAUAUACUAUUAUUUUUAUCUGAAACCAAUAGUAACCAUAAAAUAAAGAAAAUAUAUUAUCAUUUAGCAUUUAUUUCAUCACCACCACACAUUCCUCUCAAAUCGUAACCUCUGCAACCUCUGGUUGGUACAUCUAAUUGGUGACAUUUUGUUGAACCAAAUUGCGCUGAACUGCAAUGAACAAACACUUCUCAAAAAACUCACUCAACAAAAUCAAAACUGGAUAAAUGUUCAGAUAGAAUAGACUGUACACUAAGAAAUGAAUAAAUAGUUCAUAAUUACCACCACACCAGUACAUGGAUUUCAUUUUUUUGUUAUCCAUGUUACCACCUCCAAUUCAAAAAAAAAAUUUUAAUUUCUGAACUAAAAUUACUUAUAACCUGGAUUUAGGGGAUGGUAUUCAAUAGAGGAUGAAUUUCAAUACCUAUUAACCUUCUUUGGACGAUGGGGAACAUUUUACAAAAAUCUCCAUUGAAAUUGGCAAAGCCGUUCUCAAGUGAUGCAAUGACCAAGGAAAAUGGGGAUUCAUUUUUAUAUAUAUAAAGAUUAGAAGGAAGAUUUUUACUCAUGCUAAAAUUUUUGAAGAUAUGUUAAAUUAUUGUAGUAAUUAUUAUUAAUUUGAAUUACAAUUUAUAGUACUAUAACAUUAAAAAUGAAUCAUUCAGAUAAAAAAUGAGUGUCCAACUAUAUUAUUAAAAUUCAAGCUAUCAUUAUUUAUUUUAUACACAAUACACAUGUCAUAUUUUAUUGAAUUUCAACAUUUAUUUUCCUUCUAAUGAAAAAAUAUCAUUCAAAAAAUUAAUUGAAUUUGAUUUGCUUAGUUUGAAUGUGAAUAAUUAAAUUUCUGAAUUUAAAUUGUGGAAAAUAAAAUUUGAAUGAACAAACAAUAUUCUAAAAACUGGAAUUGAAGCAAUAAAAAACUAUAAUAUCAAUAUAUUUUUACUAAUGUGGAAUUCAUUUUUAUAAUACUAUGCAUACUUCCCAUUUCUAGUGGCGAACUGGCCCAGAUGAAGAGUGGAAUAAAUGCACAAGAGUCGCAACUGUGAAAGGCCUCUUGGACCUUGUCUACUUUUAAUAAAAACAAAUUGUAUACGUAUUAUAUUUUUUUAUUCGAUUAUGCCAUUAAAAUUUUUAAUUUACAAUAUUAUAGUCAAUAAUCGAUUCCCUGUGAAUAAUUCACUUUUACGUAAUACGAGUAUUACAACACACAAUCCUGAGACACGAAUAUUUCUACAUUAUAUUAUUUACUUGUAAUAUUUAAAUAUCUACUAUUUAAUAAUAUAGUAAGUAUUAUUUAUUUAUAUUAUAAAUUAUCAUUAUAUAUAUUUAUAUAUGUAAUAUAUAUUAUCAUAAUAAAAUUAUAAAAUAUAAUAUGUGCUAUGCUACUACUAUUGUAAUUCAACAAAUUGCGUAUUUGCAUUGAAUGCAAAUUAUAUUAAUUUGUUAAUUGAAAACUAAAACAUCGUUCAGAGAAACCCAGUUAGCUAUAAUUGUAGUAUUUGUCAACAAAAUGUUAAGUAUAUGAAUAAUAAAUAUAAUUAUUAUUAUUCACAAAAAUAAUAAAUACUUAAUCUAGGUAUCUAGAUACUUUAAAAUCCUUUAAGUUUAGCAGGGAAAAAUUUUUACUCAAGAAUUGUAUAAGUUAUAAGAAUAUUUAACUAUAAUAAUAUAGUAUGUAUAUUUAUAAUUUGCAUACAUUAAAUUUUACACAACUUAUUAUUUAGCAUGAAUGAGUGAAUACUGUAUAGAAAAUGAAGAGCGAUCCGUAGAUGAAUGUGUGUUAACAGCCAUGUGAUGACAAUGAAGAUACCUAAUAAAGAAAAAUAUUUUUUUAAAAAUCUGAUUUAGGUAAUAAUUAUUGCUCUUUGUGUGUUAUGAUACUAAUCUCACAUCACUUUUUAUUACUUACUUAUUUUAUAAUUAUGUCACAUUUUUCUCUAUUUAGGUCCCAAAUUGAGUGAAACGUUUUUAACUUUUUAAAUUCUGAGUGUAGUGAAGAAUGUAUUGAAUUUACUAAGAUGUUUAUUUUUAAAAUUUUUUUUUUUACUGUGUACAAAAAUUUGACUAGAAAUCUUACUCAGAUAUAUUUCUGAAAAGAAAUGUGGUCCAGAUAGUACUUUUGGGAGGUCAUUUUUUGAUUUUCCUAGCGGCUUUCCUAAUAUUUUGGAAAAACCAAGAUAAAACUUAAGAAAAAUGGGAAAUUUACGAAAAUAAUGGUUUAAUUAUUUUUCAAUUUUGUUAGAAUUCAGUUAAAAAUAUUCGUAGACAUAAAAUUUAGACAAAAAUUUGUCUGUUCUAAAUGUGGUUAAAUUUUCAGAAAAUUUAAGUCAUUUUUAGGUAUUUAUAGACAUUUUAAUUUUGCGAAUUUUAUUCAGUAGGUACUGUACUCUGUGGUGAGAUUGUUAGACUUACCAGAAAUUUAAUAGGAAGUUCAUUAAGUCUUACUUAGUGGUUAAAAAAAGAAAAUUUGGGUUUAAUGCAGUAUUUUUUUUAAAAGGUAUUUUGACAAAAAUCGUUGAGUAAAAAGUUACAUGGAACAAAUCUAAUUUUUUUUUUUUUGAAUAUAUGUUAAUUGCCAAUUUAAGGAUGAUGGUGAAGUCAGAGUUGAGCGAACUGACUAAGUUUCGAAAUUAUAGCUUUUUUAAGUCCUGAUAUUAUGUGGAUAUUAUGUUAUGUUAAAUAACUAAAUAUUGUCUUCCAGUCUUCAAUAAUGCAUGUUUGUCAUAACUGAAUAGUUACACAUACCUAAUUUCAUCUUAGUGUUCAUGAGUUCAAACCCAUGUUUUCGAAAAUAAAUGUUUUGAAUUUUUUUUUCUUUUACCUAAACAAGGAAAAAACAAAUGCAUUUUUGGUUCCCAGUUAUGUAUAACCAUUAGACUAUGACAAACAUUCUUUAAAAAAUAAAAUAUAUUUAUUUAACAUAACAUAUAAUGUCCGUAUAAUAUCAGAACUUCAAAAAGCUAUAAUUCUGAAACUUCAGUUUCUCAAUUCUGACUUUAUCGUCGUUCUUAAAUCAACAAUACACAUAUGUCAAAAAAAAAAUUAAAAUGUUUAUAAAUAACUCAAAAAUGGCUUAAAUUUAUUGAAAAUUUUACAAUGUUUAGAAAAGGCAAAUAUAAUUUUUCUUUACAAAUUUCAAGUCACUACGAAUAUUUUUAACUGAAUUAUAACAAAUAACAAAUUUGAACAAAUAACAAAAGCAUUAUUUUCAUAAAUUUCUCGUUUUUUUACAGUUUUUUCCACUUUUUCUUUUUUAUUGGGAAAACCGCCAGGAAAAUCCAAAUAUGACCUUUAUAAAGUGGGAUGCAGUCAAUUGGCAGUAUGAAAUUGGUUGUUUGGAAAAUUGGUCACGGAAUAUUUUCAUUGCAACAAGUGAUUACUGGUUAAAGAAUAAUAUAAUAAUAAUAAAUAUUGGUCGUUUUAAAUAUAAUAUGUAUAAUUUGCAAAAAUAAUAAUGUGUCAACAAAAAUAAUGUGUGUGAAAACUAAAAUAAUGUUAAAAUAAAUGUAUAAAUAUGUUUAAAUAAUAAUUUUUUAUAUUCUGUUAUACUUCCAUUAUAAACUAUGAUGUCUAGAAUAAAAUCUGUUUCGACAUCACAUAAAAUAAAUAUUUAAUGCCAAAAUGAUGCCUUUUGGUUUUGAUGAAUUGUUUAAAUGAUAGUCGCCCUUUCCAAAGUACUAAACUUUCAUUAAUAUCUAAUUUUUCAAAAGGAAUCAUAGCUUCUUUGAAAUUUUUAGUUAUUUCCUUCAAAGGCAUACAAACUUUUGCAAGUCUGUCUCUCUAUACUUGAUCUUCAUUAUGACUGAAAUGAAGAAUUUGCAGUAAAAUCUGGUACCUAUUGAGACUCAAGUGUUUCCCAAAUAUUAGUUGAUAUAAUACAAGGUCCAUGAACCAGUAGUCUGCUAAUUCUAAUUUUUUAUUCCUGGCCAUAAGCAUUGUUAUUGCUAAGAACACAAAUAUUUCUUCACAAUCAGUAUCCACCCAUUAAUUGACUCUAAUAAAAUAUAAUAUUUUUUGUAAUAACUUGAAUAAUAUGUAACUUAUAAUAUUACAUAAUAUGCUUUCCAAGAAAUAUUUUGAAAAAAUAUAAUAAUAUAUCAAAUUAAAACUAUAAAUUAUAAUAUAGUUACAGCCAGAUAAUUAUAUUACAGUUUAUAAUUAUAAUAUAUAUAUUUAUUAUAAUUGUAUAAUAAAUGCAAAACAUAUUCUUUGGAUAAUGAUAUCCAUAAAAUAUACACAAAAAAACUUUAAAAAUUAUUUACCUAGAACCAGGUGUUGCAUCGUCAAUUUGUUGGCAGUAAGGAUUUGUCUUAAAAGCAACCUUUCCUAAUAAACUAGGAGUAACAAAUGCCUCAAAAAAAUCUAAAAAAUUUGAUUGUUAUUGUAAUUCAAGUACGGCUUUUUUUACACCAAUCUAAAGAAAAAAAACAUAAGUAAUACAAAAUAUUAUAUAAAUAUGUUAGGUAGGUACUUUCAAAGCAUCAAAAUCAUAAACUUUUGGUGUAAAGUUUCCAUUUCUCUUCCAUUUCAAAUUUUGUAUGCAAGGUUAAUUUUUUUUUUUUGUUACAUUACAUUAUUGUGCACAAUAGGUAUAUUUUGAGGACCAUCAUCCAAAUUGUUGAAUUGUAAAUCUAAUAAAAAAAAUAUUGGAAUAUUAUUGCUUGUUGUGUAGGUAACGUUUGCUUAUUUGGAUAAUAAAUAAAUAAAUAAUACCUAGUAUGUUGUGUAAAAAAUAAUAAUGUAAGACAAAUAAAACACCUACCUUCUAAAUUAUCUUCUUCAACAAAGUUAAUGAAAUCAAGAAAAUCAUCAUCCGAAUCAAUGUCUCGUAACACUUCAUCAAGACUUUCAGCAAUUUGAGCGUCCGAAAGUAUUUUAUAUUUUGUUUUAGCAAAAAAAACUCUUAAAAUCGUACUUGUGUACAAACUUUGUAAGAAAAGUUAUCAUGAUUAUCUUAGAAUCACACUUUAUAAUAAUAAUACCAAAUAAAUAUCAACAAUAAAGCAAUAAACAUUAAUAUUAUAGUCUAUUUAUAAUUGCCAUAGAUUGUAACUAGCUGCUAGCGGCCGUUAUGUAAUUGUUGAUAACGCGUCACACUGCACUCAAUAAUUUUCUUUCACAGUUUGGGAUGCACUACUUUAAAUAUAAAUUUAAAAUCAUCAUAGAAACCAAAUAAAUGAAAGUAGAAACGAGUUCUUCUUAGUGUCGUUAAAUUCGUUAUUGUUUUCUUCGGAUAAUGAACAAUUUGAUAUACUGAUAAAGUAUUCCGAAAUCAUUUGAAUGACAAGAACGUAAUAGUACGUCGGCGGCAGUGAAAGGAUUAAAAAGAAUAAAUAAUUACAAAUUAUGAGCUAUCCCUGAUAUAUAUUCAUCAUAUGUUUUACUAUUAAAUGUUCUGUAUAUUUUAUUUAUUCUCUUAGCCGUGUUAUUAUAUAUUUUCCGUUUUCCAGGGGUUUCUGGCUUCUGCUCUAGUAGAAUAUUGAACCAUUUUCAGACGGUUUAGCUUUUCUUCUUUUUGUAGGGCUCUUGAAAAUUUCCAAAUAUUUGGGUGAAUAGCAUUUAAUAUAGAUGAAAAUCCAUUUUGCCAUUUUUCUACCGAAUUAUUAAUUUUUAGAUGGUUAUAUAUUCAUUAGCACAGCAAUUCCAAAUUGUACGUGAACAUUUUUGAUUUUUCCUUUUCCCGUUUCUGUCCAUUUUACCAAUCCAUGUUUCUUCAAAAUAGUCAAAUAAUCAUGAUAAAAAAUUACCCCCAUUGAAUUGACCCGAAGACGUCUCUGAGCAAUACUAUUAACCGAGCUGCACUCAGAAUCUUUUUUUGUUGCCAAUGAUAUAAAUUUGCUUAAGUACCUACAGUUAUACAUUCAAUUUCCCUUAAUAUCCUACCUUCCCAACUUCUCAUCCAUAACAAUGGUCCACUCAUUGUACGAAAUAUGUCCAUUUUUUUUCUUAUAAAUCAUAAAUAUUAAAUUUAAUUAUUUCUCCCCCCCCAUAUUCAAGGUUUGGAGACACCACUGUAUUAAAGGUCCACUUUGGUAAUGUAAUCACGCAUAUAGUGGUAACUCGAUUACUUAAAUACUAUACACUCCACACGAUCUACACUGCACAUGAUGUUUUAGUAGGUAGGUACUAAGGUUUAUAGAAUAUAUAUGUAAGUAUUUUAUAAAGUAUAAAUCUUGGGUAAAUACUACGAGUACAGUCUAAAACUGGUACUAGGUAGGUAGGACAUACUGUUCAAUAUUAUAUACAAGGGCGUCAUUUUGGUGGGGGUGGGGGGGGGUGGAAAGCACAGUUUGCGGUUGCAUCCUUUAAUUUUAAAAUAGUCCCAAUUAGCCUGGUUAAAUAAUGCAUCAUUUUUAUAUAAUUAAUAUUAAAUUAUAUUUUUAUAUUAACAAUAUUGGUAUUUUACUGUUAAUAAACAAAUAUCGGGUUAUGAAUAGUAACUGAGUACCUAAACAAUGAAUGUAUCGUGUAUUUUAUAAUUUACCAGACGUACCCGAUACCUACAGAAUACAGAUAGAAAUAAGAAACUUAUUCACGGUCAAAAGUUGAAUAACUUUAUGGUUAAACGGUAAAGGAAACAUCGAACUUUACCAAUUACAAUGGUAUCAAAUGAAUGAUUUGUACAUAGAUGAAAAAUAUAAAAUUAUAUUUACGCAAUUUCAUGGGCGAUGUUUAAAGGCUAAAUAAUCUUAUGAUGUUAAAUGUUGAAAAACAAAAUGUAAAUAAUAUCAAUAUAGAAAAAACUAUAGAUGUAUUUGCUGGACUAAAAAUCGCCAGCAUUUAUAUCUUCUUAUAUAAAUAUACAUAUUUUUUUUUUUUGGAGCGUUUACUAGUACAAAAGUUACAAAUAACAUUGUGUGCUUUUCUUCUUUUUUUGUGUAGCAUUUCUCAUCUUCAAUAAUUCAUAUUUGUAUGCAUUAAUCAUUGGUUUUCACAGGUAUAGUAUCAAUUAUUUAUUAUUUUUUCGACUUUAAAUAGCUUUUUAUUAUUUAUGAUUAUUGCGAUUCAUAAUCUAUCGAAACAAUUAAAAGCAGAAUAAUAUACAUAUGGUACGUAAUACCUUUAUUAAUUUUUAUGUGGCCUUGUGAAAUAUUUAUAAUGGCCUGCUUGAAAUCUCGCACACCCCAAAAAAUACUAAAAUGACGCCCCUGAUAAUAUCUGGGUAUUAUUAAUUUCGUUCUUACGUCUGGUAACUCAGAAAGAUUUUCUUUGUGUAUACUUACUUACUAAAUUAUAUAUGAGAGAACUCCGUCCAAGGGCGCUCGCAGGGGGAUGCCAGGGAGGGCCAUGCUCCCCCCUUGCUAUUUUAGUUAACAUUAAAUAUUAAUUGUUUUAUUACUUGCAUGGCUUAAAUAGUUAAGCCAUGAUUACUUGUAAGUAGUAAGUUGUAAAAAAAAGUCUUAUACUUUAAACUUUGCCCCCCCCCGGUUCUGUGGGCGCUCUUGACUCCGUCAUCCCGGGACACCACCACCCAAAAAAUUACUCCGAAAACAAUAAGAAAAACCGUAGAGCUUAUAGUAAAAUUCAAUAGGUACGCUGAUUACACAUUAGUAGAUUAGACCUCCCAGAGUAUGGUACAAAUCGUAGUUCGUACAAAUGUGAAAACCUUAUCGCCUAUCAAUGUUUUCAUAACAAACAAGAUGUAUCAUGAAUAUACGAUAAGAUUUUGGUAGUAUUCAUUGUAGUAGUACCUAUCAUACUCUGCGAUCCAAUAAUUAUUUCACUCUUUAUAUCAAAAGAGCACAAUUAUUACAUAACCUAUAUUUGUUUUAAGUUUAUAACGUGUAUUAGUGGUAACGUAUGAUUCGAGAACAAGCUUUAUAUUCCACAUUUCCUUACUGAGGUGGCCGAAAAUUCUCUUAUUUCAUUCCGUUUGUCAACAGUCAGUUGAAUCAAAUUUUUAAUUAUUAAUUAUCAGCAUAAUAAAUUUGUUAGAAAUAUAAAAUACUUGAAGUUUAUUUAUCCCGUCUAGUUAUUACCAAUGUAACUUUAAUAUUUCAUUAAAUUGUACAGUCACAAUGGAAAUGCAUCAAUCAACUCACGCUAUUGAGGAAACUGAAGGAGUUUCAGUUUCAAAUAAUGAUAAAUGGGCUACAUAUUCUUCUGUAAGUACAUGCACUAUUUCUGUAGUUCAAUAGUAAUUAUAUUAUUGUAUAUUCUUGUUUAGACAAACAAUUAUGAUAAACAAAGCCAAUCAGCUAAAAGCUUAGUUUUAAAGAAGAAAACCAAAUGUUUAAAAAAUGUAUCAUUUCAAACUGAGAAAAAAAGUAACAUUUUUGAAAUAACUAUUAAUAUUGUCACUAAUAUUUUGGCAUACACCAAAUACAUCUAUUAUUUAUAAUAAUUACUUGAUCUCCUUUUUAGAAUUAACUACCGUGUACUUACAUAUUAUUAUGUCUCUGGAAGUCAAACACUCUUUCUUAUUCCAUUUCCUUUGGUCAUAACAAUCCAAUCCAAAUGCUACGCACCCUUAAUGAUGCCUAUAUUAUUUAAUGGUAGUAUUCUUCAUUCUUUAUCCUCUUUAUUUACUGAUUCUUAUCAGUGUUAUAAAUAUAAAAUAUCAUCAAACUUUGUACUAUGAUACAAUUAUAUAUGUUAUUCUUGUAAUUGUCAGCAGUUGUAAUAUAUGUGAAAUAAGAGCGUUUUCAGACAAGACACUUUGUGGCCGGCCAUUAGAAUCGCGCUACAAGACACAAAAAGUGUUUCAUGUGUGAGCGUCUUUCACACGAGACACUUACGUACGUACGUGAGUAUCUGAUUCCAUACAAUUAUUAUUUAUUUUUUACUCAACCAUGGAAGUAGAAGAAGCUCUACUACUAGCUCUAUUGCUUAAAAGAAGACAUAAUAAAAAUAAAAAAAAAAAAAGGCUCCAGUGGGUGCAUCCUAUUGUUGGAAAUCAAAACUGGUGAAACUCAUACUUAAUAAUAAUAUAAUGAUUUUAUUAAAUACUAUUAAAUAAAUAAGCACUCCUGAAACUGUACACUGUACAACUCUGCUGUUAUUUGAAUACGUGUGUCAUCUGAACAUUCUAAUUCAAGUUAAUAUAUUAUCAGAGGUUCAGACACAGUGUCCGGUGGCUGACUGGGACGAAACAUGCCAAUUUGAUAGCACGACACACACUCCGUGUCUGUGUCUCAUGUAAGCGUAUAUUUAUAGUAAUGUUAUCUUAGUCGCGCGAUUCUUUUCAGACACAAGUAGCCGGCCACAAAGUAUCUCAUCUGAAAGCGCUCUAAAAUAAAUAAUUUUCUAAAGUCCUAUUCAUGGUUUCAAUGAUACAGUUGAUUUAGACCAGUGGUUCCCAAACUUUUACAGCCAUAGCACCUUUAAGAAAAAGUUUGUUUCGUAGAACCCCAAUAUCUCUAACUUCAACUGAACACAAAUUGUUCAAUUAUUUAAUUAUUAAAAAAAAUUAUUUUAACAAAAUAUAAUUAAUUCAAUUUUAUAAUAUAUGUUUACUUUUAAUAAUUUUAAUGUGAUGAAUGGAAUUGUUUUAUGGUUAGAUUUGCAAUAGCUUUAAAAUUGGAUCUUAUAUUUGGAAAUUUAAUUUUUUGGGUCUGGAGCAGCAUCCAAUCUAUUUCUGAUCUUAAUUUUAGUAUAAACAUAAGAGGAAUAACUAGUCUAACAACUGUAGGUUAUUACAAAAGGUAACUAAUAGGGUCAGAAUAACUUUUUCAGCUAAAAAUGAUUAUUCGUCCUAAAGUCCAAUCCAAAAUUUGUCUAAAGAUUGGAUUCAAAUUUAUGUUGUAAGGAUAACAUACUCUUUAUUUCAAUAAGGUUUUCAUAUUCGAACAGGGAUAACAUGACAUUGUUCUUUUUUUAUUCAGAAUAGGAUUAUGUAUCCAAUAAAUGUCAUUGUAAUUAUCGGGAAAAUACAGAGAUAAUGUUUUUUUUUAUGUUUUCUGCUUUUAUUUUGUUCCAAGUAGGUAUAAUAUAAAAUCAUUUUCUCAAUAUUCACAUAAAUCUAGCUGAACUCUUGAGAUUGUUCCACGGAACACACUUUGGAAAUCACUGAUCUAGAUUCUAAUGCACAAUUAUAUAUACAACUGUGAUAAAGAAAUUUAGGCUGAAGAUAUCGAUAUUGAUUUAAAAUUUACAUUACUAUUUAUCAUGACAAAAAGGAUACGUAUGAUCAUAUUUCCGUUUAGUAUGCAGAUCAGUAAAUUUUUUAAUAAAUAAAAGUUCAGGUUGAAGUCUGGCUUUUGGGAUAGAAAAAAAAGUCAAAAUAUUGAAAAAUCCCAAUGGCAUAUAUUUUCUGUGGGUCCCUUCUAACCAAAUAAUUGAAUUUUCGAUUUUCUCAUAUCCCGCAGAAAAUUGAUGGGUUUAAAAGUGGACAUUCAAGGACUUGGAAAAAUUAUAUUAUUCAUACAUGCUGUUCGGCUCUCGGAGUUAAAACUAAACUUACAAAUAUCGAAAAUACUUUAGUGGUUUCCUAUGAGUAUAAUGUCCAAAUAAAACGCUAAACAGUUAUUAGAGAAAUUGGAAUGUUGGCAUAAUUCUAGACCAGUUCCCAAUCUAUAUUUUUCAAAAUGUGUGUUUUCGAGUGUACAUUAAAAAAAAAGUUUAACAAACUUUAUUUGAAAGUUAUUAGGGAAACUUAAUAAAGUUCAGGUUUUCCGUUUCGGAUAUUAUUUGGAAUUUAACGUUUUCAAAUUUUUUUUUUUCCAAAAUUUGCAUUUAUUAAUGCUGAAUCCAUUGGUAUAAUCAAAAAUUUCCUGUCAUACUCUUAUAAUUUUUGUACAUAAAUCUUAAAAAAUAGCAUUUUGAAAUUAAUCCAAAAUGUGGUGAAAAAUAUAAAUUUUUUUUGUCAUUAUUAUUUGUAGUUAUUGAUAUAUUGAUAACAAAGUUUUUUAUUAAAGUCGGAAUAAGUCUAUCAGGGUUAGUUUUAGAGUAUUAAAAGUUAAAAGCGCUGUGUUUCACUGCUUUCAUUCUGACAAUUUUAAUUGAAAGUAACCAUGGUUAGAACGUAUAAUACAGUAAAGUAUAAAAUAUGUAUUAUACAUAUGUUUAAAAUGUACAGUAUACAUUUUUUUUUUUUUUUGUAAUAACUGAACAGAAAUUAUUAGGUAAAAUAAUUGUCAAUUGAAUUUAAUCAUCAUUUUAUAUAUCUUAUAUUAAUUAUUAAGUUCAUUUAUUCUUUAUUCUUUUUUAAUAACUAUAUACAUAUUUAUAUAAUACAUUAAUACCAAAAAAUAAUUUGUUUUGUUUUUAUUUUAUUCUAAAUUUAAGAAAAUUUAUCAAAUUGAUUUAAAUCAAAUUGACUUUUAAAAAAAAAAUGUUUUAGUUAUAAAGUUUUAUAAGUUUUAGUUGUUUUAUAUAUGGUGUAUUAUAUGUGUAACAUAUAAAAUGUUUUAUACAUAUAUAUUAUCAACCCUGAAAAUAACCCUUGAGUGUGACCACAUUAGUCACCUAUAGUGCUUUUCACUUUUCCUUGUUACCUACCUGAUAUGGCUUUGUACAACAAAUUGAAGGUUAUUUUAGAUUAAAAUUGUCUGAGUGAUCACAGCAAAAUAUGAUGCAUUGCAACUUCAAAACUAAGCCAGAUAGACUUAUUUUCACUUCAAUAAAAAACUUUGUUAUCAAAAUAUAAAUAACUACAAAUAAUAAUACUGAAAAGUUCUAUUUUUGAUCAUAUUUUAGAUUAAUUCCAAAAAUGCUAUUUUUCAAGGUUUAUGUACAAAAACUAUAAAAGUAAGUAUAAUAGGUAAGUUUUAAUUAUACUAAUGGAUUAAGCAUUAAAAAACAUAUGUUUUAAAAAUAAAAAAAAUUACGUGAAAUGGAAAACCCAAACUUUAUGAAGUUUUCUCCCAUAGGUUACUUCCAAACGAAGUUCAUGAGACUUUUAUUACAUUCUUAAUGUACAAGCAAAAACACACAUUUAAAAAAAAUAUUGCAUAAGAAAAGUAUAUUAAGUGAAAAAAUGUUUGAGUAUAGGUAUCAAAAAACUGUAAAUAUACCUAUAGGUACCUAUCUAUUUUGUCAUAUUAAUUAUUAUGACUUGUUUCUGUGGUAAUAGUUUCAUUGAUUGUAAAUACUUCGGUUAUCACAUUCAAUGUGUGUAACCUAUGUACCCAAAAUUUUCUCUGGCAUUAAUGUAAAAACUUAAUUUUAUGAUAUAAUGUUUAUAUAAUAAUUUUUACAGUUAUCAAUUGACAAUUGUUUAAUUAAUUUUUAAAUCAUAUUUGGAUGUUCGAAAGAAAUUGAUAUUAUAUCAAAUUUUUCUCUAAUGUAUACCUACUAAUGUGAUUUUUGUAUUCUCUUUCUUUUCAGUUCAACUAAAACUUAAUCCCUAAUUUCUAUUAUUAAUAGUAAUAUGUAUUAAUUAUCUAGAUAAAUCUAAAAAAUCUAAUAAAGAGAAAACCGUAUUGCCAAACCUUGGCAAUUGUCCAACAAUAAGAAAUGGAGUUGUAUGUAAAGGUUCCUUAAAAGAAUAUCAAAAAAAAACGGGCAAACAGGACGUGAAUGGCAAGGAUUUGAAAAUAACUUAUUUAAGAUGCCAAAAAAAAGGCUGCCAAACAUACCACUCAUUAAACAAAAAAAAUAUCAUCAAUAAAUUAAGUAAGUUUUGAUAGAUGUAUUAUUUUUAAUGAAUUGUAUUAAUUAGUAGAUAGAAUAUGUACCAUUCGACAAUUUUUGUUGGGUAUAUGGUAUACACAGGAGUACCUUAUGCUUUUGUUUUUCACAACCGUUGAAUAAUGUUUGGGGUUUCACAAUUAUGAUCAAAUACAAAUAAUAUAAAACAAUUUUGUUUAAAAAAACAGACAUUAAGUGUAUAAUUAGUUUUAUUUCACAACUACUUACACCAAGAUCAGGUUUAAGCUGAAACUAAGUAGUUGUAAAAUGAAACUAAUUAUGCACUUCAUGUCUGUUUUUUUAAACAAAAUUAUACAUUUAAAUUAAAAGAGUCAUAAAAUCUCAAAUAUAUAAUACUAAUAGUAUGUCAAAAUCCCAAUUGUAUUUAGUAAUAAAUAAUAACCUCCUGGUCUCAUUGUCUUACAUUUAUUUUAACUAAUACGAAUAUGAAUACAAUAAUUAUUUAGUAGUAACAAUGAAAGAAAGAGCUGAUACUAUUUGUUGAUGAGUGUGUCACUGUUAUAGAUAGGAACUUGGAAAGGUAGGAUACAUAAAGUUAUACAUAUUUUGUAAUGCUUUAAAUUUGAUUUUAAGCUGAUUAUAAUAUAAAAAAAAUUACUACAUUCUGGCUUCACUUUUUUACCACUGUACAACUUAAAAUAAACUUCCUGUUGAGUUUUCAAAUAUUUCUGUUUGGUCAAUUAAUUGUAUCCACAUAGUGCAUACCAAAUGAAAAUUAUGUGAAAUAAACUCCCAAACAUAAAAUGCAUAUAAAUAGUGAAUAACUAUAUUAUAGCUGACAGUAUUUAAACCCACAAAUAUUUAAUCUGUAUUAUAACUGAUGAGUAUUUUAUCUGAACCGUAUUUCAGUGAACAAAUCCCCCUCCACUACAACCAAUGCUAUAACACAAUCGGUAGGGUAGCAUUAGUAAUUGGGUGUAUGGACUGCAUAUGGGGUAUAGCAGAGUUGGUUGUAGUGGAGAGGAAUUUGUCAGCUGAAAUUCUACUCAUAUUUCAACUGAAUUACAAAAUUGAAAAUAAUGAUUUUACUGUUUUUUCUGCCUCCCCCAUCCCACCCAGUUUUUUCAAUUAUUGAGGAAAUUGCACUAAAAAUCAAAAAUUCUUUCUUACUCACCAAUUAGAGCCAAAAUGCAACAAACAAAUUUGUCAGGUUUUAGAUUAGAACAAGUUUUCUAUUCAAAAAGUAUUUUACAGAUAGAAGAAAAAAAAAUCAUUGUAAAACCAUUAAAUUUCUCACUUAAAAUCAAAAGUUAACAUUUUUGUAACCUUCAUACACCCGUAGAAAAUAAAGUAACCUAUUUUUUUUAUUUCUAACAACAUUUUGUUUAAAAAUGGCUAUUAAAUAAAUAUAUAUGUAAAUGUCAAAUAUAAACUAAUAUUUGACAUUCUGAUAUUUACAGUUUUUGAAUUUUAGAUUCUGAGUGGAGCAAAGAAGUUUAUGGUUUUACUUUUUUAGCGUGGUUAUUUUUCAAUUUUCCCAGGAGUUUUCCUAAAAAGUUGAAUAACCAAGAAAAUAGGUAAAAUAUUAAACAAAUAUUAAAGAAAAUAUAAACUGCCUAUGUAAUUACUUUAAUAGUAAUAUAGCAUAUAUAUUGUUGACAAAGCAACACUAUCAACUAAACUCUGCUCAUAAUCGUUUUUCUCCCUUGAAAUGGUUUAUCAUUGCUUUCAGAUAUACAUUAAAUUUCCCCUCUUCUAUCUUCUUAACUUUUCGCCUCCAACAGUGAUCCACCUAUGUGUGAAGUUGUCAGGCCUUUCAGUUUUUAUUUUCAGUGAAUUGUAAUUUAUACCUAUAUUAUUUAUAGUUUUAAGAUUACUUUUAUAAAACGUAUCAUUAAUGAUUUUAUACUUUGAAAAUGAAAUGUUGACAAAUAUUGGAAUAUUGGAAAAUGGAAUAUAAUUAGGGAUUAUUUUUAUUUUAGGCCUGCCUGCUACAAAGAAAAACUUAGAGACAUUGGAUAAUAAAGAAAAAUCAAUGCCAAAAAAAAAGAUAUCAACACUUAAAAACAAGACACAAGCUGCUAAAGAAUGUAAUAAAAAAAAUCAAAGAAGAGCUAAAAAGAAAUUUAAAAAAGAUAUUGAAGAUGAUGUAAAUAAAAAUGAAAAAGAAAUGAUAGUAAUAAAAAAAAAAAAAAUAUGUAAGACACCCAAAAUAGUAUAUGGUGGUAACCCUAAAGAAAAAAUUAACAAAAAACUUAAUAAAAUUGCUGUCAAUAAUCUUGGAAAAGAUAAGCUAAAUCAAGGUCCAAAAGUAGGAAAUAAUUUUAUUGUAAGUUACAAUUUUUCACAGUAUUAAAGUUUAACUGAUUUUUGAAUUAUUAUUUUAGUUUGGACAAUUUGUUGUUCGUAAAACUGAUAUGAUUGAUAUAGACUGUCCUCCAAUAUGGAAAAUAACUAACUUUGGGUUUUUACAAAAAUAUCUUCCAUUUAAAAAGAAGGGCAAAUUGUUGUACAAAGGUGUUUCAACUGUAAGUACAAUAUUAAAUGUUGUUUUUUUUUUUCUUAAUACCUAAUUUGUCAAUAACACAUUAUUCAAUUGAACAAUCUUUAAAGUAUUAAAAUAAAAAGUGUUUUCUACAUUUUAGUUUGCUGGUUGGAUUCCUCGUGUCAUAAAUCAUUAUUAUUUAGCACCCAUAACAUUUACACAACAUGCAUCUAGACACAUUAAAUUUCACAAAGACCAAGUUGAGAUGUAUGUAUGUUAUAUAUUAUAUAUGUAUAAUUUUGUUUGAGUAUUUUUUUUUAUAAUUUUAGGGAGUCUGAAAUUGAUAUUCCUACAGAGGAGGAAUUGACAGGUGUACUGGAGGAAGCUUUAUUUUUAGCAGUAAGCCAAAAAAGUAAGACAAACAAUUAUUUUAGUAUCAUUAUACUAAAUAUAGUAAUGUUUUUUUUUUUAAAUUUGAAAUAAUUUAACUGAAUAGUUUUUAAUUUUAUAAUUUAUUUAGUGAUAAAAAUUAAACUUUAAGAACUAUCCAAAAUAUUGUCUUGUUUAUGCACCUACAGGUCCAUAAAUGAACAAUUUUAUUUAUGUUUGACACCACAAGUUUGUAAUGACUUACAUAUUAAUUUCCUAAAUAUAGUUUCAAGUAUUUACAUGUUGUAUUAUUUAUUCAGCUUGGAUAUUUCAAUUUUUUUUUUUUAAACACAAUUAAUAUGCAAAUGUUUUAUAAAAAUGCAUAGGUAAUGUUUUUUUGUAGUGUGCAUGAUUUUUGUAAAUUAUGUUACAAAAAUAUCCAUUGAUUGUGGUUAAUAACCACAAUAACAAUAAAAGUUUAAAAAAAUAAAACUUUGAUUAUUAUUUCUUUAAACAUUAUAAUUUACAAAUUCAUUUAAAUUAAUUUAUAAAGUAAUAAUGUAUUAUUAUAUUUCAUUAGCUAUUAUUGUUUAAUAUUCAAAAAUCAGACAUUUUAGUUUAGAAUUUUAAAUCACAUUUUCUACCUUUAUAAUAUUAACAUUGCUUUAAAAAUGUUAAUGUUUAAUAAUUGAAAUUGUAUUUAUUAUUUAUAAAACAAUUUAAAUUACAACAGAAUAAAAUAUGUACUAUGCCAUGUAUUGUUUUCUAAAACAUGUAUUAUUAAAUAUAAUUUACUUAGUUUCAUUUAAUUUUAGUUUUCAAAAAUCAACAUGAGACUGGAGGACUACAGGUAAACUCAGAGAAUGUAUUUAAAGAUAACAACCCUAUAAAAGUAUCGAUUUUUGAUAAUUAUGCAACUGACUCUAAUACUACUGUAUUAUUUAUUUAGUGAAUUAUUUAUUUUUAGGCUGAAACUUCUGAUAAUUGUUAUCAGCCAAACAAAAACCUAUCUAUUAAGAAUAAUAAGUUAGGAACUAGGGAUAAAGUUACCAACAAAUCAUUAAUACAAGAUUUAAACCAAAAAUCAACACAAUCAUCAAUUAAAACAAAAUGUCAGAAUUAUGUUCGAAAAACUAAACAAAACCAACAAUUUGACGAUAAUGAUAAAUAUGAAUCAGAAAUAGAUCUGCCUGGUCAAUUACCAAAUGUAAAUUCAUCCAAUGAGUUCACUGUAUGUAUAUGUAUAUAUUUUAAGUAUGUUUUUAUAUAGUUAUGUAAUACUAUUUUGUUAACUGUGUAUAUUAUGAUUGUUAAUUUUAGAUUGGAUCAUUUAUUGUAAAUAAAACUGACAUAGUUGAUAAUAAUUUUCCUACUCUAUGGAAAAUAACUAACUUUGGAUUAUUACAAAAAUAUUGUCCAUUCAAAAAGGAUGACGAAAUGUUGUAUAGUAAUACUUUAACUGUAAGUAUACUAUAAUAAUUAUUUCUUAUCAAUAUGUUAUUUUGGAUUUAAUACACAUGUGAUUUUAAUAAGACAGGUUACUGAAAGUAAAUAAAUACAUUAUUUUGUUUCUAGUACUGCAGUUGGAAUUCUGAAGAAAAGAAUCACUACAUUGCAGAUGUAUCAACUAUACAGAUCACACAAAAAGAUCAUAUAAUAAAAUUAAACAAAAUUAUGAGGUAAAAUAACUAAUACGUAAAGGGUAGUGAGUUCAUUUGCAUAUUUUUUUAAAAGUUCAGGAGUAGGAUAGAAAUGUAUUUUGUAGUCUUUUAAAACAUAAAUACAAAUUGAUGUUUUAUUUAUUUGCAUAUUUCUAACUAUACCGUUUUAAGGUGAUUGGAGCAUGUCUCUAAUACACCAACAAGACAAAAUUGUUUUUGCAUUAAAGGAACUUUAUAUGUCAGAGCUAGAUUUCUUUUCGAAAAAGUUAUUUACAGACAGAAAAAAAAAAGAACUAAUACUGUAGAGGGGUACAACCACUAUUGCAGUUGGGAAGAUGGGUUAUAUAGUUAUUUAAUUUAAACUUCUAACCAAUGAUAAACCAUUAAUAAUGUUAGGACACAUGAAGUUAUUUAAUUUAGACUUGUAACCAACAAUAAACCAAUGAUAAUGAAUAACGAUUUGGAACAAAGUUUGGUUAUAUAUUUUUUAAAAAGUUUAAUAUUUACAAUUUGAUUUUAAAACUCUCAUAAAAAAAAAAAAUAUACAACAUGAAAUCAAUUUUUUUUCUUUACCAUAAUGUACUUAACUUAUAAUAAACCUGUUAAAUUUUCAAGUAUUUCGGUUUGGACUAAUAAUUUAAUCCAUAGAGUACUUACCAAAUAAAAAUUGCAUAAAAACUCACAAAAUUAAAAUAUCUAUAAAUAGCUUAAAUAAAUGUUCUGAAACUUAUACUCCAUCUAGAAAAAGUAAAUAGAAGUUUUCUUUCAACAUUUUAAGUUUACAAUUGAAGUCUGAACAAAAGAAUUAUUUUUGUAAAUUUUUCUGUACUUUCUGAAUUUUUUUGGUUUAACUCAAUUAUUAAAAAAACUGUAAAGAAAAUUAAAGAACAACUUUGUUGACCACCAACUAGAUUAAAAAUAUAACAAAAAAGGUCUCUUGUCAUUUAUCUAUUGAAGCAAUAUUUAUGAUAGAAAUCAUAAGCAGUAAAUAUUUAAAAUAAUGAAAUUGUUGUUCCGUAAUUUGAAAAACUUAUAUAUUUAGUAUUUUUCGAUUUUUCCCAAUUAUUAUGAAAAAUACUUAAGAUAUCAAACACUAACUUCUUUUGUCAGUGGCAUUAUUUAAAGGAUCUCUUUGACUUUAAAUUUAACAAUAAUACAACAUUUUUCUUUUAGUACCUAAAUAACUAUAUGUUUGAACAACAUUUAUUUUCAAAUAAUAUUGUAGGAGGAAAAAAGAUUAAAAAAGAGGUGGUUGGAUAGAUUGAGAAGGUGUGAAGACAAAAGUUUAUGGCAGGAAGAUAUGAUGGAUUAGGUCAAAUGGAAGUUUAGGACAAGGGUGGCUGAGCCCAAAUAGUUGGGUUGAAAGCGAUAAAAAGAAAAAGAAUAAUAAGAAGAAGCUUCAUUAUCAAUUUUAAUAUCUUUUAGAGCUCAAUAUUAUUAUAAUAGACAGUAAAAAUAAAAAAUCAAAACAUAAUAAUAAUUAAUUAUUAACAAUAAAUGUCUGUUAUUUCUGCUUUACCGCUAGUGGCCACUGUCUAGCACUUGGAUCAUUAUCAAAAUAUUUUUUCCUUAAAGUUAUUUUCCUACAUUUAUUAUUAUAAAAUUAGAUUUGUAUUUAUCAGCUAUUACCACCCAUUAAAAAAAUUAGAGUCAACUGCCUCUCCAUUAACUCCUUUCCCAUACCACUGCUUAUAGGUAUGGUAAUAAGUGCACACACUAAAUUACCAUGCUGAUUUAUUAGUGUAGUGUACUUAUCAGUUGUGACCUGUUUAGUGAACAAUUGACCUAUUCAUAUUAUAUAAUUUUUUUUUUUUAAUCUUCAAAAGAAGAUAGUGAUGGGAAUGCUAAAUUUUUUUAACCAAUAUAAAGAUGUUUUAACACAAAUUUAACAUUUUAUAGAACAUAUAUUAAAGUUUUUUAGUACAUCCUUUAUUUAUACUAAUAACCAACAAAUAAUAAUCUACUAAUCCCCUAAAUGUAUAGUUAGUACAUUAUGCUUACCUAAAAUGUCUUGAAUAAUACCCAGUUAUGGUUGUUAGUAAAGAGAUCCUUUAACUUUGAUUACAUAGUUGAAAUUUAAGUCUACCAUAGUUAAAAAUUCCUAAAAUUAGUUCUUCUACCAUUAUUAAUUAUAUUAAUCAUUGAACCUAACAUGAACCUAACAAAAUAUUUUAUGCUUGUAUUAAUUAGGGAUUAUUGUCUACAAUGUAAUACAAUUUGUCUAUGUAGAAUUAUUCAAAAUAAGUAAUUAAUUAUUAGAAUAUAAUAUGUAACUUAAUACUAUUUUGAUUGACAGCUAUUUUUUAAAAUCAUCUAUGGCACAGUUCCUUGAUUUAUAGGUACCUCUAAUAAUAGAAAUUAGUAAAUUGUUAUUGUUAUUUAUGUACAAAAUAUGUAUAUGAUUUAUUGUAGAACUCAACUUUGAUAUUUUAUGUUGCUUAUAAUUAUAGAAGCUGAAGGAUUUGCAAAAUUUGUAAAUACAAGUAGUGAUUUCAUAAGAAAAUCAUAACUAUUUCUUUAAAAAAAAAAAAAAAACUAUUGUAGGUGCAUAAUGCUUAGAUUACUGUUUUUGGAUUACAAUAUAAAUAAUAUAUUUUUAACCAAAUAGAAAUAGAAACCUGUGCACAAAAUGUAUUUAUGUGGUGAAUAAGUGCAGGUGAUAAUUCCACUAAUGAAUUACUUUAAUAACCUAAUUGUUAACUAUGCAAAGCAAUUUUAUAGAAAUGUGCCACUUAAAUUCUUAAACACUUGAAUAUUAUACACACAAUUUAAUAAUUUAUAUUAUUAUGAUUUUAGGGACUUUGCCUUUGAAAUAGCUGUCCUAGAGAAAUCAAAAUUUUUAAAACCUGCAUUAACUCAAGAAGAACAAGAUCUUAUUAAAAGGGUCUUGUUUUAGAACAAGAUCUGAACAAAAUUAAAUAGUUUAUGUAAGAUUCAGGGUUAAACAGUUUAUUGUAAUUUAUUAUUUUGAAUUUAAUUUAUAUUUUUACAUUCCUGAAAAUUACCAUAAUGAGUAACUUAUAACAUUGAAAUAUAUUUGUAUUAAUUCAUAUAGAUUAAAUGGUAUUUGGCCUAAUGUCAAAUAUUUAUGUUUUUUAUUUUUCAUGUUGGAUUUUUGUAUCAUAUUAUUAAUAAACUUUAUAUACUCAUAGUUUUAUAUUUUUUAAUACUGUAAAUGGUAUGGUAUACAGGGUGUUGCAGGAUUAUUUAAUUAAUACAAUAACAUGUUCUAUUGAAUAAUUUUAAGUUUAAAAAAAAAUAUAUUACAUAUUGGUGUUAUAAUAUAAAUAUAAUUUUUUAGUGAAAUUUUAAUGUUUAGAAAUUUGAAAUAAAAAUGUAGUUGUAUUUGAAAUUUGAAAAAAAAAUCAACAUAGCCAUUUUGUAAAUUCAAUUUUUCAAAAAAAUGGUGGUGUCAAAAACUUGUAUCAAAGUUGAAGAAUUUACUUUCCAUGUUUUUUAUCAGUUUAACUCAAUCAUCAAGAUAUUUCACAUUUAAGUUUAGGUAGGGGGAAAGUAAGUGGAAUAUCAUUUUUGUAGCAACAAAGGAUUUUAUAAGUGCUCUACUACUUUCCCCCUACCUAAACUUAUAAGUGAAAUACAUUAUCAACGGUUUGAUGGAAAUCAAAAAUUUUAACACCAAAAUUUAUAUAAAGUAAUAAAUACUUUGUCUAAUUAUGGAAUUUUUAGUGGUUUUCAUUUGAAAAACCAAAGUUUGUAUUGUCACAGUAUACUCCUUAAAUGUUGUGAAAAAUCUAAGUAUUGGAAAAUAUCUUUAACUACACUUAAAAAUUCCAAAAAUCAGAAUUUGAAUAUACGCAACAUUUAACCAAAAACAUAGUAUGAGCAUGCUAAAUCAUCGUUUAUAGUACUGAUUUAUUUAAUGAUACUGUAUGUUUAUAAAAUAAAAUAUACAUUUAAAAUGUCUGUACUCAAGUUUUUAUAAUGAUAUAUUGUUAAACAAUUUUUAUGCAUUUAUCUGACUAUAGUAUCAAAGAGUCACAAUAGGAGCAGUCUGAAAAUAAUGCUUUAAAUACUAUUGUAUAUUAGCAUAAAAUUUUUUUUUUUAAGAUUCAUUGAUAGAAAAUUUAUAAAGUUGGACACAUUUUUUUCUGAUGAGAGCUUAGAGCUAACCAAAUCUAUUGACAGCUUUUUUUUUUUUAAUGUGGAUGAAGUUAAUAGUUUGUGUUUUAUAAACAUUCAUAAUUAAUACAUUUAAUAAAAAAAUAACUAACUAUUUAAAAUACUUAUGUUUAUUACAUAGACAUUGUUAUGGUCUUUUGAAAUAUUAAACUGUUCAUCUUCAUUGUUUGAUAUGCUGGGAUAUAUUGAAAAUUUCAACACCUAGUUCAGCAAAAAUUCUGGUGUUAAAGAAUAGUCUAUUAGCCAACUUUGAAUUUAAAGAUUUGAAAAACCAAUGUAGCCAAAGUUUGUUUUCAAAUUUCUAUAAAUUAUUUCAAGUGAGAAUUUACAAUUCCAAUUUCUUCUUCAAUGUGUGAAUGCUCCUCAGCUAUACAUGAUUAAAAAACUAGUUGUGCACCAGUAUGUGUCAAAAAUGAUUUAAUUAGCUAUCUACUAUUAAGAGAUCUUACCAACAAAAUAGAUAGGAAGAUUAUAUUGCAAAAAUUUACUGUGUCAAUAGAAAAUUAAAUCUUGUCUAACAUCAGUAAUGUAUCUAGGAGGGUUUGUAGCCCCCCCCCUCCCGAAAUGUCUUUGAAAUUAAAAAAAAAAUUCUAAUAUAUAGUUUGAACAAAGAAUAAAGAAGUUAUUACAUUUAAUAGUUUACACAAAUAAUACAAAUUAAUAAUAUACAAGUCCAGUCCAGUGUAGUGUAUAUAUUAUAGUAAUAAGUAGAUCUAUGGUUAUCCAAAAAGAUAAAGUAUAUUAUUUGGAGAACUUCAACCAGCCAUUUUACAUGCAUUAGAAAAAAUUACACUUUGAAAAGAUUCUGACACUUAGUUCUGCGAGUCAUCUUCUUACUGCGAUAAAAUAGUUAAAAUUUCAAAUAGUUUUAUCUAUUUUAGUGAAAAUACUUAUAUAAGUUUUCCACUUAGCCGAAAUCUUCAAACAGUAAAUCUUGAUUAAAAAACUGUAUCAAAAGCUGCUAAUGUUCAAAAUAAUAUUCAGGAUAUUAGAGAAAAUUGUGAUGUAGAGUUUCAACAAUUAUUUUUAUCAAUAACAACUGAAAAAUUUUAUAUUAGUGUUAGUUUGCAACGUCAAUAUAAAUCAGAUGAUCCAAAAUAUUUUUUAAGCACUCAUACUUUUUAUAGAUAAUUGUUUAGACCAAUUGACCGAAAAAUUUAUAUCGUACAUGAUUGUUUUGAAUAAUUUUGAUUGUAUUUUACCUAAGAUAGAAAUGAGAAAUCUGAAAAUAUUAAAGGUAAAUUCAAACAAUUAGUAGAAACAUAUCAAGAUAUAAUUGAUGAAUGUAACAAUUUAAAUGAUCAUUAAAUGGAUAAUUAGAUUUUUGGUACACUAAAUAUUCAAAUUUAACAUCUUCCAAACUCAAGACCAAAAAUACUGUUGAAAUAAACUUCCAAACUAGUCCAGAUGUUUAUCUAGUAAUAUCUAAACUUAUUCAAAUAUGCAUAACACUUCCAGUGUCUACUGCCACGGGAGAACUUUUCAACACUCCGUCGUCUUUGAUAACAUAUUUGAGGAAUUUUUCGUGACAAACAUUUAAAUGGUUUAGCCUUACUAAAAUAUAUUUAUCGCGAUAUCAAUGAUGUUAUAGAUCAACUUGCUAAAACAUCAAAACGAAAAAUGAAUAUACAUUUAUAAUUAAAAAAAAAAAUUAAUAUUUCAACUUUUAUAUAAUUAGCGCUAUAAAAUAGUAAUAAAAUGUUUAAUGUAUGAUUAUAAUACACAAAAAAUCCCAAACAGUAUCAUUUGUUAUAUUUUUAUAUUUUUUAUUGUAUAUAUUAUAUAUAUUUUAUAUUUUUACUCGAUUAUAUACAUACUAAACAAUUUUUAUGUUUUUCCAUAAUCUUUUCUCGUAAUAUUGAUUCGAAGUAUGUUAAAAAUAAUUAUUGGUUAAUUUGUCAUUAAAAUAAUCACAUAUUCAGAGGUUGCUCGUUUAUCAACGUUUUUUCUAUGAUAAACUGAUAACUAUAUUUUUAUUUUUAAACGUUAUUAUUAUUUCCCUAUGCUUUUGAUACAAAAACUAAAUUUUUUAUUGCGUAUUGUAAUGUCAGUUUACUACUCUACUAGUAUUCUUAUGUCAGAAAGAAGUUAAAAUUUUAUUUUUAUUUGUAAAAUCAAAUUAAUAUAUACUCAAAUUUAAUACAACAUACAUUCAAAUAUUGACUCAAAUUAUUGGUAUGUAUAAAUUAUACAUUGAAGUUUUAUAAAUAUUCUUGUAAAUUACAGUAUAGGUACCUACUUGCUACCUAUAGCUAUUACCUCUAAUAAUUAGGUCUUUAGCCAUUCGAAAAAUUAUGGUUUUUAUUUAAUUGGCUUCAUUAAAGCGAAACUUUAAUUGGAUCUAAACUUCAUUCAAACAGACAAAUACUAAGCUGAUUUUUACAACUAAAAAAUACUAUAUUUUACCUAUGAUUGUCAUUUAAAUGAAUGUUUUUUUUGAAAAAUUAUUAAAUUAAAGCUCCCAAAAAGCAUAAAAUCUCUAAAAGUAUUCAAAAAAUAAAUAAAACCAAAGUAUGUAACAUAUUAUUACAGAUUUGGAUUUGUUAUAAUACGAAAUAAAUUUUAUUCUAGCUUUUUUAUGACAGUCCAAAACAAAUCUGUAAAUGCUAGAAUUCCUCUGCACUACCUAUUUAUAAUAUUUAGUUGUGUAGAUACUAACUUUAAAAAAAGUCCCAAAGGGUAAAUAAACCAUAAAAAUCAAUGUACAAAUGUUUAGUUAUCACAUAAAUUGUUGAUAAUCUUACAAGAAAUAUUGAUAACUGUUAGAAAAGUCAUUAUAUUCUGGAACAUGGUGUACAAAAUGUUGAUUAAUUAUUUGAAGUUGAUUUUUCUAUUAACCUUUUUUUCAAAUUCCAGUUUUUUUACAUUGGAGCUCUAAUUUUUAAUUUUUAAGUAAAUUUAGUACAUAUAUUUUUCAUGGGCUACCUGGGGCAUCUAAUAAAAUAAACUACUGAUUUAGGAAUUGAUAUACUCUUCAAAAUUGUAUUAUAAAUAUAUUUUUGGUUAAAUGUAAGUUGACUUUCAAUUAUUGGCACAUUUUCAAAUUCUUUUUCAUAAUACAUAGAACUAUUUAAAUUUGCUAUGCCAAUUGGACUUUGAUGAGGACUUGGUAUUUGAUAAUAUUUGAGAUCUUUCCCAAUUAAAUAUAUCAAUUUUUCUUCUAUAAGAAUUAAAGUUUUGUUGUAUUAUUAUUUUCUAGGAAUCAAUCUUUAACAAUUUUUUCAGACUUGAAAUAUUAGAGAUUAAAAAAAUUGAUUGAUAUAGUUACAAAUAAAAUUUUUGUCUCCCUUUUAAAAAACUGGUGUUACUAUAGAUUGUUUAAAUAGAUUAAGUACAAUUGCAUUUUGAAUACUAAGAUUGAAGAUAUGUUUUGAAGAUAUGGCUAAUAUUAAUUUAUUUGAUAUUAGUAAGUGAAUCCAGAUACCAUCAAGACUAGAAAAGUCACAUUUUUAAAUUUAGAAAUUUAACUAAUGAUUUCCUCUUCACUGAUGUAAGUCGAGUGAUUAAAAAUAGGUUGAAAUUGAUUGUUGUUAUUUUGAGGUAUUUCUGGAUUGUCAUAAAUUAAAUUUUGCUCAUCUUUCAAUUUACCUAUUAGAUCUAAUGUUCCAUUUAUAAAGUAUUAUUGUACAAAUUAUAAAGCUAUAAAGUUUAAUGCCUUUGUUUUGUGGGUAUCUAUUGUAACAAUAAUGAAAAAAUGUAUGACACACUAUAAAAUACUUUUAGUCUGCCCUCUAUGCUUUAUGCUCUAUCCACCUAUUUAUUUUAGUUCAGUAUACUAAUAAGCAAAAUGGGAAUAAAAAUAUUAUAAAUUUACAUGGGCAAGGCUGAACGUGUAGAUAUUAUAUGUAUAUUAUUAUUAUAUAUUAUAGUAUACAUUGUUUCAGAAGUCACUACUAUCACUUGUGGACUGUAAUUUGUGGCGUGACCCAGUUUGAAGUCAGUAUAAGAAACAUCUGGUAUUCUGGUCUGUGGUUCUCAGUGAAAGUCGAUCCAGAGUAUUUGUGAUACCAUUUCAAACAUAAAAACUGCAAAAAUAAGUGGGCCUGUCCGGGAUUUGAACCCGGGACCUCUCGCACCCGAAGCGAAAAUCAUACCCCUAGACCAACAGGCCGGAUGAAAAAAGUUAUUAAUAGUUUUGGUCUUAGAUUAAAUUAAAACGGAGAGUGCCGUCUUCAACUUACACUAUAAAAAGACAAUGUAUUGAUAUUAUUGAUGUGCACAUCCAAAUUUAUUAAAAUUCAAAAAUGAUAGGAAUCGGUGUCACAUACAGAGGGGGUGGUUAGAGGGUCAAAACACUUCCUUUUCGGAAAUGCACUCCUUUACUAAAUUUUAAAUCAAGUUUUACAUUCAACAGCCCAUUUAAUACCACAAAAUAAAAUAAUGCAAUUCAAUUUCAUCAAAAAUCAUUUAUUCAAUAAUAAUAAUUAAAAAUAAAAUAAUAAAGUAAAAACAAAAUAAUUAAAAUGGUUAAUACUCAUAAAUAAAUAUACAAAUAAAAAAAUGCGUCCCCUGGAGUAUUAUGAUAAGUAUAUUAUACAACCGGUUUUGAAUUAAAAAUUCAUUAUCAGUUGUAUCACAGUCAAAUGUAAAAUGCGACUGUAAGUCUGUGUUAAUAUCAAAACUUAUAUUAUGGUUAUUUUCUAAAACAUUUUUAGUGAAAUUUGAAUUAGGGGCAGUCCUUUUUAGUUUCAUUUCAGAAAUGUGUUCUUUAUAUCUUAUUUUAAAAUUUCUAUUUGUCUUACAUAUAUACAAUUUAUUACAGUUACAUUUAAGUUAAUUUUAAUUUUUAAACUUCUUUACUUUUUAGUUUUUAGUCAUAAAUAUCAAAAAUGUGCUGGUAGUCUGGUACCUAGUAAAUAAUUAAAUAAUUCAAAGAAACGUGAACAUACCUAUACAUUAUACUUAUGGUAACUAGAUAUAGAAAUCCAAAAAAAUGUACAUUUUAAAAUGUAGAUCCUCUAUAAUAAAAAAAAAACCCUCCCUUGAAUGAAUUAGCCAAUGUGUGUACUAUUCUACCCAUUUUGCCCAUAACUCAUCUCCAUCUAUGUACAUUUUUUUUAUAUGAUUACUCUAUUAUUAUUUUUUCUAUUAUCAACUAUAAAAUUUAAUUAUUCGAAAUCAUAAUGUUAACUUAUUUGGUUUGUGUCUUUAUGAUGAAAAUAUUUUGAAAUUUAAAUCAACUACUCAUCUACCACAUUAAUCUAUUAUAAUAAUCGAGAGAACAAAAAGUGGCUCUUAUAUAGUGGUUAUGAUGGUAAAAACAUAUUUUUUCUCGUCAAACAGUAGUUCUCCAGCUGUCACUAUCAUUGUCAGUCACCUGUAGACUUGGGACUUACAGUUUGGAAUGCAUUAGGCAGAACCAUAAAAUAUUAAAAUAUUAAUGAAUAAUCAAAUUAUAAAAAAAUCAUAUAAACAUAUAUUAGCUCAUAAUAUUUUUUAAAAAAAAAGUAAAAUUACAUGUACUUAACACUAUGGUUAAGGACAUAGGAUAAUCCAUAAAAAAAAGAGUUCGUCUGGUCACCAUAAUUAUACCUAUACAUCUAUACAUUAUCUGGAACUUGGUUUGUUUACCAGUAACCUUUUUUUUUUUUUUUGAAAAGACCCGUUUUUCGAUUUUAAUUUUGUAAAUGCUUGAAUUUUUCAUGGAAACCAUUAUUAAAAAGUUAAUUAAAGUUAAAAAGCUACAGUUACAAAAGCUUUUAAUUAAAGUUUGUCGUUAUUAUACGGAUCAGAUAAGAAAUAGCUUCUUUCAUUCCGUUUUUACGUAUUUGACUGUGACGCAAUUGUUAUGUAAGUUAGUGUUAAGGUGUGAUUCCUAUGCACGCGUCUAGAGACGCGCGGCCGACACGGCGCGAUUUACUUUUAGCCGCGCAGGUACUACUUUACUUGUUUUUAGUAAGUAUAACCGAUUCCUAUGACCGCGGACGCCGCGUUCGUCGGCCGCGCGGUUAAUAGCUAAAAUAUUCAUUUUUGUUAUGAUGUAUUGGCAUUUUUAAAAAUUGUUUGGUUUUUUUUAUACUGCAUUGUUAAUUUUUAUUAAACGAGAUGUUAAAUAUAAUUUAUUAUCAAUAAAAAUGUUUUUAAACACAUUAUUUUAAAAUUAAUAUUACAUAGGUACUAAAGAAUAUAAAUUAUUCUAUGAACAUAUAAACAAUAUAACAAAAUAACAUAUUAUGUUACAUUACCUAAGCCUAACUGCUAUAUUUUCAGCAGCAGUUAUUGGUUUUCUAAUUUUGAUGGUUGGGUUGGUUUUUAUGUCUUCCUCAACUAGGUUCAAUAUAUAAUUAAAUUGAUCCCAGCUUAAUCGGAAAAAUUCCCUGAAUUUAGUUUCGCCUCGUCAUAAAUGUUUUUCAACCAGGAAACUGAAAAAUCCUUCAGCUUCCCUGGCCAAGUACAUUUCACGCACUUCAUUUUUAUUUUUUGUCUGAACGUAUUUUAUAAAUGUUUGUUCUUCUUCUAUUUGUUGUAAUAGAAGUAGUUUUAAAAUACAUUUUUGUUUUUUUGUUAAAGACAUGGGUAAUAACAAACUAAUAACAAUAAUAAUAUUUUAAAACACACUUAUAUGAAUAUACAAGUACCUACAACAUAACCAAACAGAGGCCUUGAUACAACUGCGUGUACGUGCCUAAUUAUUUUAGUGCCAAAAAGCCGCGCGUCUCCUGACGUGUACAUAGGAAUCAAUAAAGAUCGCACGGAUAAAAGUCAAAUAACAACUCGUCGACCGCGUCUCUAGACGCGUGCAUAGGAAUCGCACCUUUAGGGUUCGAUAAUUUACAAAUCUAAAAUUUAAAUUUAAAUUUUUUAAUAAAAUAGAACUUUUUUGUCACGUUAACAUGAGGUUAAUUUAGGUAUCUAUAUGAUAUAUGAUCUUAAAAUAUAAGAUGGAAUUUAUUAAAUUAUAUUACGUCAUUAGGGUGCAGGUUUAUGUGUGUACUAUGAAACACGAUUGAGAACAAAUGUCGCUUAUGAAAGAAUUUUUUUUUAGCCAAAAAAACGAACGAUUGCGAACUGUUUUUUAAUUUACGUUGCCAAGUUUAUAUAGCGUUGUUUUUGUCUAUGUUUUAUUAAAACUAUAUGAUAUUAAAAAUACUGUUACGUUAGAACUACGUUACAAUCUCAAAUAAUAUUAUACAAAAUUAAAGGUUAGGUUAAAAAAAAUAAAGAUAGGACUUAAAAUUAUUACUACGACUGGAAUUUUCUUACGUCACUAAUGUUUAAUCAUUGCUUACAGAUGUAAAUGAAAUAACCUUAUGUAUUCCACCUUCCCCACUAACCUCCUACAACAGUGGAAGAACUGAUUUCCAGUAUUUAUUUUUUUAUUUUUCAAAUUUGUGUGAAAACUUAAGAAAAUCCAAAAAUGACCUCUUUGGAGUUUUUCCCCAGUAAAAAUUUCUUUUAGAAAAAUUGUUUUCGUUUAUUUCAAGUAGGCAGGCACUGAUAAAGCCAGUUUAAUUUAUCAGUGAUAUAAACCGUUGCUUUUUACUGUCUGUUCUAAAAUUUUAAAUCUAAGGCUGCAAUAUGCUGGGUAUGUCUAGACGAAGGAUAUAAAGUACACACAUUAUACAUUUUGUUGUUAUUAAUUAAUACAUUUAAACAAUAUAAUUUACUUAUAUUAUCAAAUUUAAUUUUCUUUAAUAUUUUUACAAUCAUAUUAUGAUAUGAAAAAUUUAUUAUGUCCUAAAUUAUGAUAACUUCUGAUAAACAGAUACAGACGCUUCGAUAAAAUCCAUGUUAUCAAAAUCACUAAUUAAUGUUCUUUUUUGUUGCCGGUGCGCGUUACUGAAUCUUGACNUAUUUACUCAUACGGUAAGUCUCUUAACCGUUAAGACUUGUGUAUACUACUUGCCUAUGCAUUACUAAUAUUGUGUUAUUUCAAUGGGGUUUUUUUGUAGGUUUCGAACGCCCAUCGGCUAUACAACAAAGAGCUAUCAAACCGAUGAUCAAAGGACGCGAUGUCAUAGCCCAAGCUCAGUCUGGUACGGGUAAGACAGCGACAUUUUCAAUUGCUAUGCUGCAAUCCAUUGACACUCAAUUAAGAGAUACUCAAGUUUUAUGCUUAUCACCUACCAGAGAACUUGCUGUACAAAUCCAAAAGGUAUUAUUGUAAUUUUUAAUGCAUUCGAUAAGGGGAAUUUGACUUCAACACUGGGAAGUUCAAUGCAACUUAUAAAUCAUAAUUAAUUUUAUUGAUUGUGUAGGUUCAUAAUUAAUUUUAUUGAUUGUGUAGGUGGUUUUAGCUUUGGGAGAUUAUUUAAAUAUCCAGUGUCAUGCUUGUAUUGGGGGUACAAAUCUUGGUGAGGAUCUACGAAAAUUGGACUUCGGCCAACAUAUUGUUUCUGGAACACCUGGCCGAGUGUUCGGUAUGUAUACAGUUAAUUCAGAACUCAAUAUUAAUACAUUUUGUUGUAAACUAAAUACUUUAAUAGACAUGAUCAGACGUAAAACAUUGCGUACAAGAAAUAUAAAAACACUAGUAUUAGACGAAGCAGAUGAAAUGUUAAACAAGGGAUUUAAGGAACAAAUAUAUGAUGUGUAUAGGUUCUUGCCACCUGCUACCCAGGUAUAAUUGAAUUAUUUUUACACGUGAAACAAUUUUAAUUUUUUGUUACUUUUUAGGUCAUACUUAUAUCUGCUACUCUGCCCCAUGAAAUACUUGAAAUGACAAAUAAAUUCAUGACUGAUCCUAUUAGAAUUUUAGUGAAACGGUUAGUAAAAAAAAGAUGUAUAUAUAUAUAUAUAUAUAUUUAUAUAUAUAUAUUUAUGGAAAAAAGUCACGAUAAUGAAUUAUUUUAAUUCCAUUUUUUUAGCGAUGAACUCACAUUAGAGGGUAUUAAGCAGUUUUUUGUUGCGGUUGAACGAAAAGAAUGGAAAUUUGAUACAUUGUGUGAUCUGUACGAUACGCUGACUAUUACUCAGGCUGUUAUUUUCUGUAGUACAAAAAGAAAGGUACAUUAUAGUGUCAAUUUAUAGGCUGGAAUUAGUAUGCGACUGACAGUUAGCGCUGGCAGUACGCACUGACCAUGUUCCCCGAUUAUCAGCCAUCACCGAACAUUUAGUGCUUUGGCUGUCAGCCAACAAUAAAAUAAAGUUGUAAUAUAAAUACAUAAAUAUGCAUACACGCGUAUAGNUGUACGAUACGCUGACUAUUACUCAGGCUGUUAUUUUCUGUAGUACAAAAAGAAAGGUACAUUAUAGUGUCAAUUUAUAGGCUGGAAUAAGUGUACGACUGACAGUUAGCGCUGGCAGUACACACUGACCAUGCUCCCCGAUUAUCAGUCAUCACCGAACAUUUAGUGCUUAGCUGACAGCCAACAAUAAAAUAAAGUUGUAAUAUAAAUACAUAAAUAUGCAUACACGCAUAUGGUUGCCCCUCUCAGUGUCAAACUAAAGGCCACCAUUGAUGAAUGAGCCUGACCAACGGUUCUUGUCAGUGCGAUGCAGCUAUAUGUGUAUAUAAAUUUAUCAGCGCUACACUGUAGUUGUUCAUAAGCAUUCAUUGAUAUAGCUACAUUUGACCAUCGUCAGCUCUGAUUGUUGGUGGAGCACUAAUUCCAGUCAUAUAGAUCAUUAUGACAUUUUGUUUAAUUGAUUAUUUAGGUGGACUGGCUUACCGAAAAAAUGCGCGAAUCUAAUUUUACAGUUAGUUCUAUGCAUGGAGAUAUGCCACAGAAAGAAAGAGAUGCGAUAAUGAAAGAAUUCCGUGCUGGUCAAACGUAAGUAUUUACAGUAUAUUUUCAAUGUAAAGACUUGAUAAAUUUAAUACAAUUUUUAUUAAAUCAAAGCUUUUAAUAUUUGAAAAUUAUUUUAAUUUAUGUAUAUAUAUUACAGAAGAGUUUUAAUUACUACCGAUAUAUGGGCAAGAGGUAUUGACGUACAACAAGUUUCUUNUAUUUUCUACAUUUUAAAUAAAAUAAUUAAACCAAAAUCCUUGGUUUAUGAAACAAAAAGUACUCAUUAUUAAAUAAACAAUAAUUUGAGUACAACAGACCAUUUUAUAAUGUUAUUGUCUCAAAAUGCAAUUUUAUUUUAAUAUAAUAUUUAAUAUAGUUAUUUAAUUUGACUGUAGGAUUGGUCGGUCUGGAAGAUUUGGUCGAAAGGGAGUGGCCAUCAAUUUUGUAAAAAGUGAUGAUAUUAGAAUUUUGCGUGAUAUAGAACAAUAUUAUUCCACACAAAUUGAUGAAAUGCCAAUGAAUGGUAAAUAUAUAAUAUUUUUUUCUCAUUGAUUAUUAUAUGCAGGCAAUUACUUUGUCAUGAAACUAUCAAACAUUAUUUUGUAAAAGAAUUACCUGUAGGGAUUUGUUCAAAAUAUUAUAAAAAGUGUAUUAAUUAUAGUUUAUUUUUAUUUCAGUUGCUGAUUUAAUUUGA